AUGUUUGGCCUCACUUUCAGCUACAAGUACCUUCACUUUCUGCGCUCCGCCCAGCCCGCCGAGCCCGUUUUUCCGGGUCUUCACCGAUAUUGGCUCGAGACGCCGCGUGGGCCGCUCGAGCUGCUUGCUGCCGAGCCUGACCAAGCCCAGGGCCCUGCAAUCGUGUUCUGCCAUGGUGGGAUGGGUGGUGCAUGGGUCUGGCAGGAGUACAUGACAUACCUCAAGUCCAAGGGGGUGAGAUGCUACGCUAUUUCGCUGCGCGGGCAUGGCGAUUCCUGGUGUCCACACUUUCUCCGGAUGGUUUACGGCACGACGCGCACUGAUCUUGAAAGCGACCUCGUCACAGCUGUAAACUGGGUUGAGAAACACACUGGUGAUGAGGUAGUGUUGGUGGGCCACUCCUCUGGCGGCGGACUUUCACAGGCGGUUCUUGGAGCAGGCAAGGUUCAGGCGCGUGGCCUUGCGCUCUUGGGCGCGGUGCCGGCCUUCGGCUCCACCGGUGUCUACCUCAACUGGGCGCGCCUCGAUCCAUGGUUCUCCUUGCGCAUGCUCUUUCACUUCUGGCACCCUAACUCUCCACUCUCUCAUCCCCGCCUAACCUACGCGGCAUUUUUCGGCCCGUCCUUCCCUGAGGACCGUGUCCUGGCGUUUCAACAUCGCAUGAGUCGCUUCGAGAGCUUUUGGUGGCCGAUCUCCAUGAUGCGCCCCUUCGCCAAGGCGUCCCAGAUCCUUGCUAAAGUUUCCAGCAGGAGUGUGCUGGUCAUGGCAGGAUCCGAGGACGCUCUGAUGACGCCUGACGUGACACGCGCGACAGCUGCUUUUUACCGGGCUGAGAGCAAGGAAGUGCAAUUGGAGUUCGUCGAGGGAGCGGGCCACCACCUCCAGAACGAUGUGCAGUGGACGGACGGGGCGCAGCGCCUAUUUAUGUGGUACCAAACACUGUAA